GCUACUGACAGCAGAGCGGAGCGACACACAGAAAGAGAGAAAUGGCGCCUCGAUGCUGCACUCACUGAGGCAGUGUUUGGAGCUGGAUAGAGAGAUUCAGUAAGGGCAGACAAGAGGAUAAAACAUGGUGAACACAAGAAAGAGCUCACGGCCGGUGCCGAGCAGCCCCUUCAUUUCUUCAAGGACUAGGUCGUCGGCGAGAAAUGACCCAAACUCUGAGGAACAUAAGGAGCCCAACAGCGAUGUGAGCAGUCCCAGCAGCCCGCGGUUGUCUCCCCGUUCCAAGCGUGCACGGAGGCAGAUCACCUCUGACCCUAGUUCCAGUGACACCUCCCCCUCUCCUCAGACUAAGGGCCAGAGGGUCAGUUGGGACAUUCCCACCUACCGCACCAGGUUGUCCUCUCGCACAAUGCAGAAUGGGCACGGCCAUAAGACUCACCGGGAUGAGGAGACUGGAGGAGGAGAUCACUCUCACAUGAAUGGCCAUGUGGAGCUGAAGAAGAGCUGCCGGGUGAAAAAGAGCCAAUUUGAACACCUCAAUCAGAGCCUGCUGUUUGACCAACUGGUCAAUAGCACUGCAGAAGCUGUUCUUCAGGAGAUGGACAACAUCAGCAGCAUCAGGCAGAACCGUGAGGUAGAACGACUCCGCAUGUGGACUGGAGACACUGAGGAAGAAAACAUGGAUAUGUAUUCCCGGGUGAAGCGCAGGAAAUCUUUGCGGAGGAACACUUUCAGCAUGCCUACACACCACAAAGUCAUCAGUAAAACGGAGCAGGAGGAAGAAGAGGAGGGAACGGAAGAAUCUCAUGGGGAAGAAGAGGAGGAGGAUGCAGAGGAUGAUGAUGAAGAUGAUGAAGGGGAUGAAGUUGAGGAGGCGGGAGAGGAAAAUGACAGACCCUAUAACUUGAGGCAGCGCAAGACUGUGCAGAGAUAUGAGGCGCCACCUAUUGAGCCUGUGAACAGAAAGCAGAGCAAUCCCUCACUCUUUGAUACCCACAGAUCCCCGGCAAGAAGAAGCCAUAUAAGAGUGAAGAAACAUGCCAUUCACAGCAGCGACACCACCUCUUCUUCUGAUGAGGAACGAUUUGAGAGGAGGAAAAGCAAGAGCAUGACCCGUGCCAGGAACAGGUGUUUGCCCAUGAACCUGUGUGCGGAGGACCUGGCUAGUGGGGUGCUACGUGAUCGGGUGAAAGUGGGGGCGAGCUUGGCAGAUGUGGACCCCAUGAACCUUGAUAGCUCAGUGAAGUUUGACAGUGUAGGGGGCCUCAGUAACCAUAUCCAGUCGCUAAAGGAGAUGGUUGUGUUCCCUCUGCUGUAUCCGGAGGUCUUUGAGAAGUUCAAGAUUCAGCCUCCCAGAGGGUGCUUGUUCUACGGCCCCCCAGGGACAGGGAAAACCCUGGUAGCGCGGGCGCUUGCCAAUGAGUGUAGCCAGGGAGACAGGAAGGUCUCCUUCUUCAUGAGGAAAGGAGCAGACUGCCUCAGCAAGUGGGUUGGCGAAUCAGAACGCCAGCUACGUCUGCUCUUCGAUCAGGCAUACCUGAUGAGGCCAUCAAUUAUCUUCUUUGAUGAGAUUGAUGGUUUGGCUCCGGUUCGCUCUAGCAGGCAAGACCAGAUACACAGUUCUAUUGUGUCCACUCUGCUGGCCUUGAUGGACGGCUUGGACAGUCGUGGGGAGAUAGUAGUCAUUGGUGCUACAAACAGACUUGACUCUAUUGACCCAGCACUCAGGAGGCCUGGACGCUUCGACCGGGAGUUUCUGUUCAGCCUGCCCGACAAGAAGGCCAGAAAGCACAUCUUAGAGAUUCACACACGAGACUGGGACCCUAAGUUGGCUGAGCCGUUUGUCGAUGAACUUGCAGAAAAGUGUGUCGGCUACUGUGGUGCGGACAUAAAAGCACUUUGCACAGAAGCAGCCUUGGUGGCGCUGCGCCGCCGCUACCCCCAGAUCUACGGCAGCAGCGCAAAACUGAAGCUGGACAUCUCCUCCAUUGUCCUGGGACCUGGGGACUUUAGCAGGGCCCUGAGGACCAUCGUCCCAGCCUCCCAGAGAGCCCUGGCCCCCCCUGGUCGAGCCUUGGCUCCUGCCCUAAGGCCCCUGUUGGCCAGCUCCCUAUCCCUGGUGCUGAGAGCCUUGCUCUGCGUCUUCCCCCAUGCUCAACACACUGACAGGGACAACACACAUGGCGGUGACAAUCACAUGCUAGAAGAGGACUUGUACAGCGAUGAAGACAAUGAGGAAGGCUGUGCCUCCAUCUAUGAAGUCCAGCCUGCUGCAUCCCCAAAGACUCAGCCCUCCUCUUCAGCAACACACAGACCCUUCCUCCAUUUCUCCACCUCUGCCCUCCAGCAGCCCACAGCUUACCGGCCUCGUCUCCUGCUUGCCGGGGCUCCAGGCUCAGGACAGAGCUCCCAUUUGGCCCCUGCCUUGCUGCACCACCUGGACAAGCUGCCGGUGCAUCGCCUGGACUUGCCCACCCUCUACUCCGUCAGCGCUAAGACGCCAGAGGAGUCUUGUGCUCAGGUUUUCCGCGAGGCCCGCCGGAGUGUGCCCAGCGUGGUGUUCAUGCCGCAUAUCUCAGAGUGGUGGGAGGCGGUGAGCGACACUGUGAAGAGCACCUUCCUCACCCUGCUGCAGGAUGUACCCUCCUUCUGCCCUGUCCUCAUCCUCGCUACUGCUGAGACUCACUACGCACAACUGUCAGACGAGGUGAGAAGUAUGUUCCAGAGGAACUACGGGGAGGUGGUGACGCUGUCCCCUCCAGGAGAAGAGGAUAGGAAGAGCUUCUUCUCUGACCUGCUCCUGGUCCAGGCUGCCAAGCCUCCACCACGCCUCAGGAGUACAGCAGAAAGGUGUGAAGAGGUACUGCCAUUGGCAGAGGCUCCAGGUCCUAGGGUGCUAUCAGCAGAGGAGCAGCGUCGCCUGGCUGAGCAGGAGGAGAACACGCUCCGGGAGCUUCGGCUCUUUCUCAGGGACGUGACGAAGCGCCUGGCCACGGACAAGCGCUUCAGCAUCUUCAGCAAGCCAGUUGACAUUGAGGAGGUGUCAGACUACCUGGAGGUAAUUCGGCAGCCUAUGGACCUGUCCACAGUCAUGACCAAGAUUGACACCCACCAGUACCUGACAGCCAAGGACUUUCUUGUUGACAUUGACCUCAUCUGCAGCAAUGCGCUAGAGUACAAUCCUGAUAAGGACCCUGGAGACAAGGUGAUCAGGCACCGAGCGUGCAGUCUGAAGGACACAGCCCAUGCCAUGUUCGCCUCUGAAUUGGACCCUGAGUUCGACCGCAUGUGUGAAGAGAUAAAGGAGGCACGCAGAAAGAGGGACCUCCAGACACCAGCCCAGCCGACGGCAGCACCGGGCGCCAUGGCAACCAGGAAGCACCCUGCUACAGGAGAGGAGCAGGCUGGGAGCAGCACUCAGGGCGAGGCCACUGACAAGCAGUGCACCAGUAAUCAUUUAAAGCGCAAGGUUCGGCGGCGACCACCUUGGGGGCGGGGCAUCAUUCGUAAGAAGAAGAGCUACAAGAAAGGGACAGAGGAGGAGGAAGAGGAGCCGGAGGUGGAAGCAGCGGGCCCUAGUGACUCAUGUCUGACACAGGAUGAGGAAUCUUCUUGUGAUACAAUGGGCUCCCAGCCCAAUGGCCACCAUCCUCAUGCCCCCUCCACAGAGGAGGAGAGCUCCAAUGAGCCCCCUGUUGUGGCCCCAGCCAAUCCUGCAGAGAUCAAGGAAGCCCCAGAAGAGCCAGCCCCUAAGGAGGCAGAGCCCACAGCCAAGGAGGUGGAGUCUGAAAACAAAGAGAAACCUUCUGAAUUACUGUGCAGAAGUGACAAUGCAGAAGGGGACAGCCAGGCCAAGCAGGCUGACUUGCAGCCUGUGAUUGAAAGAUCUGAGGCCCAGCCUAAGCACACAGAGGAUCUGCUAAUGCCACAGGUGGAGUGUGUGAAUGGAGAUGAAUCUAUGGACAGCCUGGACUCCCAGAGCCCCAAGAAAAGCUGUGAGACAGGGGAAAGGACUCCAAACAGUAUGGCUGAGGGCUCAGCCAAGCCACAGCAGGAAGAGCACAAAGACAAAGAUGAGAGCAAAGCAACUCAGGAGCAUCCUCCCCAGGAUGGGAGGACAAUAACAGAAACUGUUGAGGAAGAGCAAGUCAAAGAAGGCGGGUCCAAAGUGAAGAAAUGCAAGAAGAGCCAUUCAGAACAGUCAAAGGGAUCUGCUGACAAGAUGGAGGAGGAGCCACAACAAAUCCCUCCCCCUCCGCCAUUAGUGAUUGACCACCAGCGACUAUUGGCUCUUCUGGACGUGGUGGUGAAGAAGAGUGAGGGCCACAGUGUGGAGCAGCUGGAGAGACUCUACUCCCUUCUCAGCCAGUGUAUCUACCAGCACCGCAGAGAGUAUGACAAGACCCAGCUACUGGAGGAGAUGGAGAAGAGAGUCCAGCAUUUCGAUACAUUCCUGUGAGACGGAGAACGAAUGCCUAUCAGGUAGAUGCUGAACAGACCGGGACCACAAAGACACACACAGACCGAGAGAGAGUGAGUGAGCGAGCUUCUGAGUUCAGUCCUUACACACACAGAGCAAAUCCAACGCCUCCUCUUACUGGGAAAGAAGAGGAGGGGGAAGAAGUUGAGGAAGAGACAUUUUAUGGUGCUAUUGUCUCAGGAACCUGGCCAGAUCCAGACCCAUUACACACAACCAAACUCCUGGAGGUGCUGUGUCAGUCACACGCACGCACACACACACCAAUGGUGACGGGCAACCCUGGUGCUACUUGGGUGCUAUCCUAACUUUUAUCCAUGCUGCUCUUGGGAUUACUUCUUACUCGGACUAGCAAACCAACAGACAGAUUGGGUGAUGUCAUAUCGCAACCUGGCCACCUCUCUUAGGAGCAGGCCACGCACACACACACACACACUCACCUCCCCACCUCCACCCACUUUGGUAUGCAUGUAUUUGUACAAACACACACACACAAACACACAUCAAUGCACACAAGUGACAGAUAAAACCUACAGAACCGUACAGACACACACACUCACACAGAUCCUCACCAGCAGAAGUGUGAAUGCAGUGCGCCGCUAGGAGAUGACAAUGUUUUGAAUCACUGAGCUACAUUUCUGAGCCUAUGUCAUCCUCCAGUGCAAUGUUUUGUUAUCACAGGCCAGUUAUCACCAUGCUAUUACGUGGCUGAUCUUCCCUGCCAUUUCAGCUUCUCGCUUAGUUCAACAUUGGAGCCACCGUAAAGGAUACUCACCCAAAACAAUGGUUUACAAAGAAGUUUCAGCGCAAACACAAACACCAACGAGGUUAGCACAGCAGGACUAGAACUGAUUAUAUCCUCCUCUUCAUUGCAGUAGUCAUCAAGUUUGGCAAAUUUGGCCGUUAGCCACACAAUGUUUGUUUACGAGCUCCUGCAUCAAGGUGAACAAGCACGGUGUUUGCCGAAGGUCAGCUGUAAAACCUCAGAACAUUCGCUGACGGACCACCUCUGGCUUUCACAUGCUUAACCAGAUUGUCAUGUGCUAAAUAGUGGAGGUAGCUGAAUCCCCUCACUACAUUCACAGUGUAAAUGUUUUCUCUCCCACUCAAGCUGUGCCCGCUAGUUGAUUUUUCUAUUGACACCCCGGCUGAGUAACUGGAAGCAGUACAAAUUGGAAUGCGUCUGUAGUUUGCACUGCCUAGCGUGUGCCUUAUUUAAACCUCAUUUUUUUUAAAAUGUAUUGAGUAGGUUUUAUUUCAAGCUACUCUUUGUGAUACACAUGACAAUGAACAGGCUCCAAGUUUGUGUGGGUGCUAACCACGAAAAAAUGGAAACAGGGGAAAAAAAUAUUCCAUGUCAUCAGGUCAACAAAUGCAUAUCUGGUCCUACAUCUUGUUCGUUAGUUAGUUGUAACUCCUGUCUAGACUGGGUUUUAAAAACAGAAUUGAACACAUUUGAAUACCUGGGUGAUGGGAUGGGGGUGGGAGGCGUCACCUGCGUACAGUUUUUAAGUAACAUACUCACUUCUGUGGCUGAGUCGGUGUCUGGCCAGAUAAAUCAAGUUUAUCUCUAGCACUUGAAAUGGUGAAACUGUAUUCAAAUAUAGUUAUGCCAUGCAAAUACCCCAGACCUGCUGGGGAGGUCAGUCUCCACUCUCCACCUUAACAGACAGCAGCUGUAAGGAGAGGCUGACAACACCAGCUUUUCUCCUGCUCUCAUACAGAGAAACGACGACCAGUCAGAUAAUUUACCGUGCCAAGUCUUAAUCCACUCCCUUCAAGGUGCUGAGCUCUAAUGCAGCGGCGCCUGUUCACAGGGAUACUUUUCAGCUUCGAAAGUACUACAUUAGACGUUCAUACAACCUAUGUAUUAAGUUGUUUGUUUAACUAUUAUUUUUUACACUUUUUUAAUAAAAUGCUUUGUUUGAGUUAAUGUUAGGACUGUUUGAGCAUGGGUUGUCAGUCCGAUUAUGAACAAGGCCAUUCUAGGCAGUGCCCGUCGCUAAGGUGUAAAAGCAUUACAUUGAUUGUUUUUUGUUUUUUUUUUCAAAUGUAUGUUGAAGUUGUUAUUGUUUAAUUUGAUUCUGUUUCCUUUACACCAAAAGAGAAGCAGGGAUUCUCAUCUGUGGCCCACAUAGUGCAUCUUUUCCAACAGCAGUAAAUCAGUGUAUUUCCUGCUUGACUUUAUUUUUUUUAUUAUUAUUUUCACAUUGGCGGAAGGGGUCAUAUUUUGACCAGAUGUAGGCUGGAGAAGACCCUCCUUUCUCUCACUGCACUCUUGUCAAAUCCUGAUUCCAACUCAAACCUCUGGUGCAGCUCUUGCCGCUACAACUCACCUCUGCCUUGGAUCGCGAGGGUUGUCUGACAGAAGCAAGCAAAGACCAUAUGCAAACUGGCAUUGACAUGUUAGCACUUGGGCUACUGCAGAGAGAAACCAACGCUACCUCAGCUUAAUUUAUUUUAAACGCGACAACCGUUUACUGGGUACAAAAAGAGUAUUUUUCCCUUCUAAAAUACUGUUGCAACACCUACCAGCUACGGUACUACAUCAUCAGUGCAACCAUAGCUGCUGCAGUAAUCCAAGAGUUUGUUCGUUUUUUUUGUUUUUGUUUUUCGUUUCUGAUUGUUAUGUAUGUUUGCAUUUGAGCCAGAAGAAAAUGAUUGCUUACAUGUAAUGGAAAUGUCAUGGACUUUAUACAUUAUGCUUUAGUUUCAGGUUUUCUUACUGUACGUUGAUGCAGUAAAGUCCUUCAGUUCCUCUUCUUCCACGUUCAGACAUCACACAUUCUUUCAAGCUUUCAAGAGCACUGUUUUCUGCUUCUUUACACAUCCAUCGCCUUUUUUUUAGACGUAGUUUGCAGACUUUCAUCUCUCAUGAUUCUGAGUGUUUAUUUAUUAAUAUUAUUAUUAAACAUGUUUUACACCUAAUUUUGAGCAAAUUGUCUUUUUGUACAUUUGCAAUUAAACAAAUCGGGGGAGCGUCUUACUUCCGUGCAACAGUUUUGCUGAAAUGUGUAGCGUUUGUGUAGCAGGUUUAUUUGGCGUGUGAGGGGAAUAAAGGGUUUACAGGUCUCUCAGGUUCAACAUGCGACACAUGCCCUUUCAACUUCUCUAUGUAUUUCAUUGUGAUGUUGUUUUAUUCGCUAAAGUGGUCAUAGACUGUGUCAUACUGGAAGAGACUAACAUGAGCUGGAAUUCCCAUGAACACAAAACGUUUGUCUGACACAUCCCAUUAAGAGAGACAGAUGAAGUUGAACGUUCAUGUUGUUCACUUUUUGUCUGUCUUCUGCCAAAAGAGUUUUUUAUGGUUUCAGAAUAACUUUGGAGAUAUAUGGUUAGGGAAAUGUCAUGCAUUGUGAUUUUCCUUUGCGUAUAAAUUGUAGCCAGUUUGGACUAACAACCAAUUUUUGUCUGGUAGUUGAAACAAUUUAGUCCAGAAUGCAGGAAAAAAAAUGGGUUUGGUUUAUUUCUUCAUUAUGUUGUUUUUCUUUAUUUUUCCACAAAUUAAUUAUAGUCAACUGUUUUUUCAUAGCUUUGUCAUAUUUCUGUUUGUUUUGAGGUUAAUACGUGUAUUUAACACACUUGUUCGCAUUUAAGUGUUACUUUAGUGUAAGUUAUAUUUGAAAUGAAACUUUUACUGUAUUUCUGAAAUAAACUGCUGUGAUAUACUUGAAUAAAAGGUGCAAAUUGUAAUUU